AUGGUAUCGAAAAUUGCAGAAACGGAGACGUACACCGACGUCGAGCAGGAUAGUGUCGAUUCACGUAUCAGUGUUUCUCAUAGAAAGCUACUUUCUCCAUUUCUGUUGGACAAACGAGUUCCACAUAUUCCUAUCGAUGCAGAAAGGAAAGAGCUCCCAUAUGGUACCACAAAUAUCUUCUCUGAAGCGUUCUUUAGCUGGUGUGAUCCGAUACUGAAAGUUGGGUAUCGGAGAAUUCUGGUACCUGAAGAUAUAUUUAAAAUUUCCCCUGGUUCGCGCUAUGACGUUGGCGAGAUGGCUGCUAGAUUUGAAGUUGCACUUCAACGGCGAAUAGACAAGAGCCAGCAACAAACUACCGAGAGUGCGAGACCUUCGAAAUCUGAAAAAGUGGGAAGUAAUCCUGUGUACUCCCGAUUCAUUGUUGCUCUUGCUUUGCUCGACGUUUUCAAGAAACAAAUCUUAUUUUGCGUCUUGAUAAGAGCAUGUGGAGAUGUCUCUUCUGGGAUGAAUGCUUUGCAAGUGCGAAAAAUUGUCGAAAUGGUUUCAAAAUCUUCAGAUACAAGUCCACAUCCUUCUGGCUACGGCUAUGCGGUCGGCAUUGCGUGUCUUGUUUUGUUUCAGGGUCUUGCAUAUUCACAUUAUAUGAUAGCGGCGCAAUACUGUGGAGCACAAAUGAGAAGUGUCUUAAGUCAUGCAAUUCUUCAAAAGUCCAUGCACAUUAAUAGGGAAGGGAAAAUCCUUUAUCCUUCCUCAAAAAUUACUUCGUUUCUUUCGAACGACAUCUCUAAAGUAGAGCUAUCAAUUUGGUACUUUGGGUUCAUAUUAAGUCUUCCGACAGGUUUGACAAUCACAAUAAUUCUUCUUGUCGUCAAUCUUGGGGCAGCCUCCCUAGCUGGCAUUGCCUACUUCUUACUCAUUACCCUCGUAUCGAGCAUUUUGAUCAGACAUUUUAUGAAACUAAGGGUUGCUUCAAAUAAAGGAACCGACCAGCGAAUCAAGUGUCUCAAAGACGUUCUGUCAAGCAUGAAGAUCAUAAAAUACUACUCAUGGGAACUCCCAUAUUUGAAGCUUUUAACAAAUUACCGAGCAAUGGAGAUGGCAAACAUUUUAAGAUUACAAGUGAUUAGAAAUCUAAUAACCGCCACCAUUGUCACACUACCGAAUGUAUCCUCCAUGGUCAGUUUUCUUGUUGUCUUUGCAGCAAAUAAUGGAAAACUUUCAUCUGCCUCCAACGUGUUUUCUUCCGUUUCUUUGUUCAACAUUAUGAUCGGUUACGUCUCCCAGUUCCCAACAGCGCUAAACACUUUGAGUGAUGCACACAUUGCGAUUGGAAGAUUGCAGACAUUCUUGUUGCAUCCAAAUGAGGUUGCAGAUCCGCUUCGUUUGAUUAUCGAAAAGGAAAGCUCGGAAAUGGCCCUCAGUAUCAAACAAGGAUGGUUUAGUUGGAUGCCAUCGGGUGAGAUAUCAUCGUCCACAACAGCUACAGGUCUGGUGACUUUGGAAAAAGAUGAUUGUUCUUCUCAGAAUAGCACCCAGGUUUCUGAAAUGGUUGACUCUUUUCAAGGUCUGAAAAAUGUAAACCUUUCCAUUUUUCAUGGCGAGCUAAUCAUCGUGACUGGACCAAUUGGCUCAGGAAAAAGCUCUCUUCUAGCGGCUAUGAGCGGACUCAUGCCACAUAUUGAUGGAUCUGUAUCCAUUGCGGGUUCGGUGACUUAUUGUGGAGCAUCAUGGAUGCAAAACGCAUCUGUCAAGGAAAACAUCAUUUUUGGAGAAGAUCUCAAUCUUGAAAAAUAUCAGCAGGUAGUGGAGGCAUGUUCUUUGGUUACAGAUUUUGCGGUACUACCAGCUGGUGACAAAACAGAAAUUGGCGAACGUGGAGUGAAUCUCUCGGGGGGACAAAAGGCAAGGAUAAAUCUUGCUAGAGCCGUGUACCAUGUCUAUGGAAAGCAGGAGAGAAACAUUAUACUCCUAGACGAUAUCUUGAGCGCUGUUGAUGCAAAAGUUGGUGAACAUAUCAUGACACAAUGUGUUAGUGGAAUUCUUCAAGACAAAACACGAAUUCUUGCUACUCAUCAACUUUCUCUAAUUGAUUUGGCUGACCGACUGAUUUUCAUUAACUCCAAUGGAAGCAUCGACCUUGCUACCAAAGAAGAGCUAAUAAAAACCAAUCAAGAAUUUGCUUCUUUGAUGGAGUAUCAAUCCUCAAAGUCUUCUCAAAGUGAUGACGUGCAGUUGUCGAAAAUGGAUGUAUCUUCCAAUCUAAAGAGGACAUUUUCGCUCAACACAAAGUCUGCAGAGUUGAACAACGUCGAAAAUGAAUCAAAAUUUCAUCUAUCUAGCGAAGAUGGAAAGCUGAUUUCUGAGGAAACCCGGAAUAUAAACAGUAUUCCUAUAUCAACAAUCAUCCAGUAUUUGAGGGAAGGAUGUGGACGCUGGGGUAUGGUUGUGAUUAUACCAUGUUUCCUAAUUUCGAUCAUUCUCACUACAGUGUGCAUGUUAUUACAAAAUGUGUGGCUAAACUAUUGGGCAUCAAAUCAUUUUGAAGGUCGUUCAGGUUCAUUCUACAUUGGGAUUUACGUUCUAGUUACUGUUCUCUAUAUGACUUGUGCAGGCUGGCAAUUUUCGACAGUGGCUUACAUUUGCAACAAUUCCUCCAAGAAUCUUAACAUUAAGGCUAUGCGUCGCUUGAUGCAUGCUACAAUGUCCUUCUUCGACACAACACCUAUGGGUAGAAUUCUGAACAGAUUCAGUAAAGACACAGAGACACUUGAUAACGCAAUAGUGGAGCAAGCUCGUCUAUUUUGUUUUGGAAUUUCUAACAUGUGUGGAAUUUUGGUGAUUUCAUGCGUUUAUCUUCCAUGGUUUGCAAUAGCAGUGCCAUUUGUCCUUUUUAUUGCGCAUUGCUUUUAUUCCUACUAUCAGGCUUCUGGUCAAGAAUUGAAUCGUAUUGAAGCCACCCAGAGAUCUCUUACCUAUUCCUGCUUUGAAGAAGUUUUGAGCGGAUUAGACAUCAUCAAACACCACAACGUGGCUACCAAGUUCACUCAAAGAUUCCUUGGAUACAUCAAUUUGCAAAAUGAGGCAUACUUUUCACUUCUUGGGGCGCAAAGAUGGUUAGUGGUUCGGCUGGUUGUCUGUUCUGCGUUGUUCAACUUCAUCAUUGAAGCACUUUGUGUGAGUAAGGUGGUGGCGAUCAAUGAUGGUGACACUGGGUUAUUAGUUUCAUACAUGGUUUCGUUUUCCACUCAGUUAAUUUCCACAUCUCGGUCCAUGGGUCAGCUGGAGCAAUUCCUUUCAUCUGUUGAAAGAAUGGUGGAAUAUGCUAAUAAAUUGCCCCAAGAGGCCAGUUAUUACUCCAAACCUGAAUCUAAACCGUCUGAAUCGUGGCCUAGGAGAGGAGAAAUAGAAUUUAAAAAUGUGAGCAUGAGCUAUAGGCCGGGUUUACCUCUUGCUCUCCGCAACCUUAACGUUCACAUUAGAGCUGGGGAGAAGGUCGGAAUUUGUGGUCGGACUGGAUCAGGAAAGUCCACUAUAAUGACCGCACUAUAUCGUCUCUGUGAGCCAGGAGACGGAGAAAUUAUGAUUGAUGGCGUUGACACCCUUUCUAUUGGUCUUUAUGACCUACGCUCUAAGUUGUCAAUUAUUCCUCAGGAGUCAGUUUUAUUCAGAGGUACUCUGCGACAAAAUCUUGAUCCAUUUGGUGAUCUGGAUGAUGAUUCAUUGUACGGCUAUUUGAUCGAGGCUGGGUGUAUCAAUCCAAGCAGACUGUCAGGAAUUAGACAGCAAGACCCCAAUAGCGGAGAGCAGUUACAUCCAUUCCAUUUAGAUGUUGCAGUCGAUGAGGGCGGGUCCAACUACUCCCUCGGGGAGAGGCAAGUUCUUUCACUCUGUCGAGCAUUGAUCAGAAAAUCCAAAAUACUUAUCCUUGAUGAAGCAACGUCAAGUGUGGACUAUGAAACAGAUGCACGCAUUCAAAAUACAGUGAGACUAAAAUUUGCAGAUUGUACUGUUCUCACUAUCGCUCAUAGACUCAAAACGAUUCUAGACUAUGACAAAAUUCUGGUCAUGGAUAAAGGACGCUGUCUGGAAUUUGACACUCCAUGGAAUCUUUUCCAGUCAGAAGGUAGUAGCUUCCGUGCAAUGUGCUUGAUCUCGGGUAUUCAAGAGACCGAUUUUGCAAAAUAA